CCUAGGCUGAUCUCCGGCGAGCGAGUUCGGUGCAACUCACCAGGGCAUCCAUCUCGAUCGUCGUGGUCAAUUUCGAGGGAAGGAUGGCAGUGUACUACCGGUCCAUGUGCAGCCGGGACACGUUCCCCCUGCCAGUUGCCGCGCCAUCCAUCUCCGUCGGCGAGCUCAAGGGCCUUAUCAUGGAGACAGGCCGCUAUGGUCACGGCCGGACACGCGGCCGGAGUCCCAGGGAGAGCAUCACGAUCUCCAACGAGCAGGGCGAGGAGUACGCGGACGACAGCGCGUUGGUCCUGCGCAACUCGACGGUGGUGGUGCGCCGCCGAGUGGCCGGGCCUCCGGCCGAUAGGAUCGUGCUGUGUCCGUCCGACAUACCCCCUCUAUGCCCUAGAUCGAGGCAAGACAGCGGUGGUUCGUCGUCGAAUUCGGCCUCGAGGUCCGCCGGAAACCAGGACGACCAGGCCAAAGCUACCAGCGCGGUGAUCGACAACGGCCGUGGAGCAGCGCACAAGGGGCGGGCGCCGCCGGCCGGGUACGUGUGCCACAGGUGCCGUAUCCCGGGCCACUUCAUCCAGCACUGCCCCACAAACGGCGACUCCAGAUUCGACUUCGGAAGGGCUCCGGUGCCUGCCCCUGGGCCGGCCGACGAGAGCAACGACGACGGCUUCCCGGCGGAUCUCCACUGCAGGAUUUGCAAGGAGGUGAUGGCCGACGCGGUGGUGGCGAGCAAGUGCUGCUUCAACAGCUUCUGCGACCGGUGCAUCCGAGCGCACAUCGUCGCCAACUGCAAGUGCGCGUGCGGGGCCAAGGCGAGCGCGGACGAUCUGAUCCCCAACCCGACGCUGCGCACCACCAUCUCCAACAUCCUCACCGCCAGGGCCGGCACCGCUUCGAGUGGAGCAGGGAAGCAGAGCAGCUCCGCCGCAAGCAACGAGGUCGCGGCGCCCACGCGUCAGGCUCAAAGUCCGGCAGCGUCGCAGGAGAGCAGCAGCGGCAGCCACGCUUCUUCCAAGAAGGGUGCUAACUCGGAGUCGGAGCACAGCGACGGCAAAUCGACGUCGGCUUCAGCGGCGCACGAGACGGCGGACACAGCGGCUAACCAUGUCGAUGAUCAGCAUGGCUACAGCGUUCCCUUUGCCCCGGCGUGCUACGACCCUUUUCUUGGUGGGAUGCCGUGGCCAGCUGAUCCUUCCAUGUACUACGGCUACGCCGGCAUGCCCUACGCUUACGGCGGCGGUUACCCGAUGGGUUCGAACGCCAUGGGCGGCAACAUGACAGUACCACCACAAACACGGAACGACGGCGGACCGUAUGGUUACCACGGCAGGAAGAGGACGCGCGCAGAUUGUGAGGAUCAGAGCUUCAAGAGAAAGUGCGGUGGAGGCAGAUCACAGGCCACCUUAGUUUUGACGUAGUACUACAAGCUAGCUGGUGCCCAACUGCACAAUGCAGAGGUUCUGAUAGGCAGAUCACAGGCAGAGGUUCUGAUAGCUUCAAAUGCCUUGUAAUGUAUAACCAGCAGUACUGGUUUAGCAAAGAGCUGCAGGCCCUCAUGCGCAGCUCUUUGUCUUCCCAUGUAAUUUGAUUUUACUGAUCCUCAUGGGGUGAACCGAACUUAGGUGCAGCCCUUUUGCUUUUCCAAUAAAAAAUAUUCAUCCAACCUUUUUCCUUAUUUUGAAGGGGUA